AUGGCUACACUGACAGUUCCAGGGGUGUUAUCUUCACCUCGUGAUGACGCCAUGCAUUUGUACAAGGCAUUCAAGGGUUGGGGAUGUGACACUAUAGCUAUCAUCGGUAUUCUUGCCCAUCGUGAUGCAUCACAGCGUGCUCUCAUUGAGCAAGAAUAUAAAGUUAUGUACUCUGAAGACUUGAACAAACGUUUGUCUGCAGAGCUCACUGGCGAUGUUAAGAAAGCAUUGUUACUUUGGAUGCCUGAUCCAGCACGAAGGGAUGCAAUGAUACUACGAGAAGCACUUAGUAACAACAUUGAUCUUAAAGCAAUUACAGAAGUUUUAUGUUCUCGGACUCCCACACAAUUAUAUCAACUUAAGCAACUUUAUAUUGCGCUUUUUGGAGUGUACCUUGAGCAUGACAUUCAAUCUCAAACCUCUGGUGAUCAUAAAAAGAUGCUUAUCGCAUAUAUAAGUAUGCCUCGAAGUGAAGGGCCAGAUGUUGAUAGGACAGUAGUGGAGCAAGAUGCUAAAGCAUUGUUUAAUGCUGGGGAAAAGAGAUUGGGAACUGAUGAGAGAACUUUUAGAAGCAUUUUCAGUGAAAGAAGCCGCCCACAUAUGGAUGCAGUCAGUUCUGCAUAUAAAAAUAUGUUUGGGAACACACUUAAAAAGGCUAUUAAAAGUGAAACUUCUGGGAACUUUGAGUAUGCUCUUGUAACAAUUUUGCAAUCGGCUGAGAAUCCCGGUAAAUACUUUGCGAAGGUGUUACGAAAAGCAAUGAAAGGGUUGGGAACUGAUGAUAAAACUCUUACUCGAGUAAUUGUGACAAGGACAGAGAUGGAUAUGCAAUAUAUAAAAGCAGAGUACUAUAAAAAGUACGGGAAAACUUUGACAGAUGCUGUUCACUCGGAGACAUCUGGAAAUUACAGAACCUUUCUUCUUUCACUAUUAGGUCCUAACAAUUGA